AUGGCACUUUGGGCAGAUAGGAUCAAAGUGAAAAGGGCCAUACGAAAAUCACCUUUUGAACUGGUAUAUGGAGCUAAGGCCAGGCUCCUUGUGAACAAUUUAUUGCCAGUAUACAAGUUCAUUCAUGAGAAUGACCUAGAAAUGGCAAGCCCCUUGUUGGAAAGGUUUGAACAACUUGCUAAGCUAGAUGAAGUCGGGGAGGAUGCUCACAAAAGGAACAUGAAGAUGCAACAAAAGAGAAAACAUAUGUUUGACAGGAGGGCAUUCAAGAGAAAAUUUGAGGUCGAUCACUUGGUGUUGCUUUGGAAUGCCAGGGCUCAAGAUAAAGAUUCUUACCUCUUGGCUAAUAUGAACGGAGAUUUACAGGAGCUUCCAGUGCAUGGAUAUUUUUUGAAGCAUUUCUUUGCUUAA